AUGAAUAGGCUUGUAUCGGAAUUAACAUCUAGAAAUGAUCACAAGCUAGCGGUUUGUCAAUUAUACCGAGCGUUGCUACGGAAAACGAAUCAAUUAGCAUCUAUUCCCGCUUCAAUAAACAAAUUUGAAUUAAAAUAUAAUAUACAAGAAAGGUUUAGAAGCAACUAUGGAAGCACUUUUCAAAUAUCAGAGCAAAUUCUUAAAGGCAUAACUCUAAAUGAAGCACUAAGUCUAGCGUUAGGUGGCAAUUGGGAUGAUUUGAAACAAUUCAUCGAUAUACAACGCAAGGAAGUUUUCCUGUAUCAAAAACGACGAGCAGAUUACUUGACCAAUAAAGAAAAGAUCGAGGAAUCAGCCAAAAAGACUGCAAGAGGCAAAGUGAAACGAAAUCUAUUGGCCAGAUCAAGGAGAAAGACAAAAUAUUAUGCCCCAGAUCUAAGAAUGCCAGACAGUGAACAACAGUUCAUUAAAGACGGACUUGCAAACGCAAAAUAUCAAGGUGAUACAGUGUUGAAACAAUUUUUGCAUGAGUUGCAAAGCUUGAAAAAGAUCCCCGACCCCAAAUUAUUGCCUUAUUCCCCAGAGCUAAUAUUUACUGCUGGUGAUAAUUUAAACUUUGAUCACAUCAUUCGAGGAACCAGCUCGAAAUCAUUAGAGAAUUUUGAUCAAGACAUUCUUAAAGCUAUAGUUAUACCAGCUAUGGAGUAUGAUAUUAAUAAAUUGUAUUUAGAUCAAUUGAAAAGUGAUCUUGAUAAUAAAGGUCCUUAUAAAGCCACCGUUCAUGAAGCAUUAGCAGGAACUGUGCCUGUCCCGUACAUAAUGCAACCUACCAAGAAAAAGAUUGGUCGAGAAGAAAUUGCCAAACUAAUCAAAAAACAGAUAUUCUUUCGUAGAAUGAUCAAUAUAUGGGAGUCGCAAACUCAUUUAACAGAAGAAAACAAACAAAAGGAUGGAAGUUAUCCCAUCAAAGGUAGUCAUGGUUUUGGCCCUGAAGAACUUGUAUAUCCAAGAGAAUACUAUCAAGAGUUGUAUGACGCAGAAGAGAUGUAUGAGAUAUUGCUACAGAUCCAUAUAAAUGAAUUGAACGGGAAACCAAACGACCCAUUAGAUUUAGAACAAUUUUCGUGGAGUGAGAGUUUAGAUAUUGCUUCGAAUUAUCUUCGUGAUGCUUAUAAGCAAGUUAUUCAAGAUUCCAAAAUGGAUUUAAAGGAAUUACAGGACCACCUUCAAAAGUCAUUCAACAAUCAUUAUGAUGAACAAGUUGAAAAAUAUGAGCGAUUAAUCACAAACUUGCAGAAACACAACGUUUUUAAACAUAGUGAGAUUGUUUCACCUCCAGGUUCACGAAGUAUAUUCGAUGUUGCUGCAAAAAGAUCUAUCGAUUUCUUCCCUAAGGAAGAAGUAAUCGGUAAAGGUAAAACUCUUGGUGAAUUCAUGGCUGAAUCAGGUUUUAAGCAUUACAAGCAUGGCUACAAGCUUACCAAGAGGAUUGCUCAAAUUAUGAAAAAGCUAGGAAAAGAUUUUUGA